AGGUACAGUCGCUUUCUGGCUUCUACCCUGUUUCAAAUUAAUUCUUUUUUAGUAUCAUACUGUACUUUUUGAUUGAUUAAAGAUGCGUCUGAUCGUAUCGUCCUGUUUGAUUGUGGCCCUAAUUGCCAUCGUGACAUUUGGAGAGGCUCAACAUUACCAGCAUCUAAACAGUCCGUAUGUUUUCCCCGGUUACCCCAUGAUGAAUCGUCAACAGCAAGACAGCCGCUUCUUCUUCGGUGGACUAUUUACCACGUUCACGUACACGGUGUCGACAACAACGGUCACCGCAACCGCUACAACCGUAACCACUUGUACGACAUCAUCAACCACCAUUAGCACCUGUACGGCCGGACGCAGACGCCGUGACGAGCUCGGCGUCCGCAAUCCUCGCGGUCUCCUUUACGAAGAGAAAGAAGAAGAUGCGGAAGACGGAAACGUUUCAUUGGCAUCGCAUGCCUCCGAGGCUGAAGCGAUUCGUAGUCCCAGACAAAUGGAAGUGCAACCCGCUAUCCCCUAUGCCAUUCAACCUACAUUCGGAGCUUAUUAUACACCUGAAUUAGGUUACAAUAAUAUUCACUCGGCUGUGCCACUUAGCCGGAUUUUCUUGGCGUUUGGCACGGCCACUGUGACGGUUACAUCGACUUCUACCUCUACGUCAAAGCUGAUUGCCACCUGCAGCAGCACUACCGGUUUCUCUACCUGCACGUCCUAAAAUAUGUAGAAUUCAGGUUUCUUAACUCGUACCUCACAUCUUACGACCUCAAGUUCUGUCCUGCUCAACGAUAAAAAUAACUUAACGGAUAAAUAUUUUUGUUUCUUCUUCAAAAUUCAACAAAAUGAACUUUGAUUUUCAAUACACUUUUAUACGCAUUCA